AUGAGUUCAGAUUCACCUUAUUUGAGAAAUUUUGGUGAAACAAAAGCUGAAGAUAGCCCAGAAGUUGAUUUGACACUCUUAAGUUACAAUGUCCUGCACCCAAUUAAUAAUACUUAUAUAGUUCCUGAAAAAUUAAUUAAGUAUCUUGCUGAUUAUGAAAAGAGAUAUUCUUACCAUUUUGAAUCUUUAUUUCCAGACUUAGCUCCAGAUGUCCUUUGUCUUCAAGAGGUCAGCGAGGCAUACAUUAGUAUGUUGAAAAAUUCCACUUUUUACAAAAAAGGAGGAUACACAAGGACUAAGGCCACUCCUAGUGCCAAGUAUGGUCGCAGCCCAAUGAUUUUGUCAAAAUAUCCCAUGGAAUGACUCAACAGUCAAGAUGAAAAGUUUGUGAUAGUUAGAAUCACUAAGGAAACACAGCAGUUUAUUGUUAUUUGAGUUCACCUGUCAGGUCAUGAACAAAACAUUUUUGAAAGGGCACAGGAAAUGUGGUUUAUAGACAGGAAACUUAAAGAGUUAAAUAUAAAGUCUCCUAAAGAUACCAUCUUCUUGUUAGGUGAUCUAAACUUGCAUUACCCAGGAGAAAGCAAAAUCUGAGACCAAUAUGGAUUUCAUGAUCUCUGGCUUGAGAGACAUUCCCAUUUUGAUGGCUACUCUUGGGAUCCUCAAGAGAACAUUAUGUCAGGGUGGAUGCAUCCUCUAGAUAACAGAAGAAUGAGACUCGACAGGAUUUGCCUCAAACCCUCCAACGCAUUCGACCUCAUCGAUAUCCAAAUGGUAGCCAAAGAGCGCAUCGGUGGGUUCUGUUUGCAAUCUUCCGACCACUUCGGACUUCUGGCUACUUUCAAGCAGACUUCUAAAGGUUUCACAGGUGAUCAGCCCAAUGCUCACAAGCAAGAGUAUGCAAAACUGGCUCCGGAUUCGCAUGGGUUCAGAAGCAUCAAAAACAUUGUCGCGUACAGAGUCAUCACAGCAGUGACCAUUUUACUGAUGCUGCUGUAUUUGAUUUACAAAGUUGGGUGUUUUAUGUUUUAAAUAGCUUUACAUUAAAUACUGUAAGGGAUCUUAUAAUUGCUAAUG